GUUUACCUGGCCCAGGUGAGGAUCCACCGGGAUUGGGAUUAGCACCGGGAGGCCGGCGUUUGGUUCGCGGUCACCCUCCGGGGCUAGUGCCAGGCACAGGCGGUGGUGGUCCGAGCGAAGCCCCGGCACUAGCACCGUGUUAUGAUGUCCAGCAUCUGCAGUAUUUUGCUUUUGGUAUAUUCGUGACCUCUAAUGCUGGUCAUACCCACAAUUGGACACAACUUCUUUGCAUCUACCUGAUUAAACCUUUUCAAAAUCCUGAAGACUUCUAUCAGAUGGUGUCAAGCCUCUCGAAUGACGUUGAAGUUGCACCCAUCCAGGCAAGUGGGGAGUAUUCCAUCAUGCUGUUGCCUUAUGCCUGGUAGUUGGCAGACAAGCUUUGGGGAGUCAGAAGGUCCUUCAAUCUAAGUCAUGCAAGGAACUGGACGGAGAGCUGCUCCACAGCAGGCUGACAAGCCUGUGGCCAAACCUAGCCUUCUGGCCUCUCCAGUUCUGCUGCCAGCCUCUGUGGACUCGCUGAACCUGGAGGUUUAUGAAGGCUCAACGCCAGAAAGUAGACGAGCUGAAAGGAAGGAAAGGAAAUCACUGGCAAAAAGUCACAGGUGUAAAGCCGAUCCAAGAGAUUCAAAUGGGAAUAACUCGGAAAACAUUGGGUUCAUCCCAGGGUCAGUUGAAACCACAGAGGAGGCAAGUGUGUGCGAGUCAUGUGGGCUAGGAAACUGUGUUACCUGGCAGACGGUUAAAGCAGUUUUCUGCUGUGUGGUGACCUGUGGAAUUUAUAAGGCUGACACUGGGGUUUAUAAUCCAUGUACCAGGACCACAGAGCCACCGACACAUGCUAAAGACAUUGACAGUAACACUUUGCGGUAUAUUGAAAACCCAGUGACUCCCCCGAACUCUAAAUCCAGGCCCACGAAGAAGGCUAAUCUUGCGGGCAACAGUUUUAAUUAUUAUGAUGUCAAGUUGGGAGGACAGCAGGUAAUCUGGAAAAAUAACAGUCAUACUCUGUCCACAGACUCAUGCCACAAGGACACCCACCACAACUCUCAGCCAUCAGAGAGCCCCAGCAGCAUCUCACCAAUCUCUCACAAACGAAUUUCCGAUGAAUUCCCCUCCUUCCUGGAGGAAGAUUUGGAGAACAACGAGCUAAACGUGUCUAUGUCGAGUGCAGAGCUGGACGAGUACAUCAACAAGAAGCUAUUGGAGCUGUUCAGCAUUCACCAGAUCGACAUGUUGGCCCAGUGUACCUCCGAUACCACAUUCAUCAGCAAAAGCAGUGAAAUCACUGAGCUCAUUGAUAGCAUCACCAAAGGCUAUAAGAUCAAUGAGAAGGAUGCGGAAUGCCGGAUAGUGACCGGGAUCGUUCGGAUCAGCACCCGGAAACCCAAGAAAAGUAAGAAAAGGGGACCAGAAGAGCCAACUGAGGAAAGAUUGAUCUCUCCGACUCCUGCUGACCCCAGACCUCAAACUGAGACUAUUUUGCCCAGUGAAGACCUUAACCUGGAGAUUUCAGUGGUGGACUCGCUUGAUGAGAGAGCAAGACAAAUUCAGCGGCUGUGUUCACCUGGUUUGCGUAAAGAUGAUUCUCUUCAGGAUACAGAGACAGAUUCAUCAGGAGCCCCGCUACUUAAAGUCUAUAUCUAGGGUUUGAGUGUAGGACCUUCCACAUUAACUGGACUUGGAUUUUGGGUGUAUAUGACACUGAGUGGCCGGAGACUCUUGAGGCCAGUGGAAAGUGUGGAAUUGACUCGGCUCUUGUUCGCUGUGAAGCUGAUUUCCCCCGACUCACUACCAGAGAUCUGCUCUGGUUUGGAGCCCAGUGUCCAAUACUUGAGUCUGAUGAUGUUAACCUGGAGGAGGCCAUUCUUCCUCUUGCUUGCACACAGCCCACUACCCCCUGCCCAAUGCAAAAGAGGAGCCCAGGCUCAGUGCCAAAGGCCGGCAAGCAGGAGCGAGGCAGAAGAGGUGGCAUUGGGUGAAAGUGGGGUAAAUCACAAUUCAUUGGGUGCCAGCAAGAUCAAAUCUGAUGUAAAUACGGAACUGGUCAGUCGAUUAUGUUCAUGCUGGGGAAGGUGAAUGGUGUACAGGGGUGGUGGUUGGACAGUUACUUUGCAUAUUUUGUACAUUGUUUUGCAUCACUGGAUAAGACAGUGAAUCAUGGUGAGGAAUAUUGAUUUUAAUAAGUUGCUUUUUAAAGCAACAGUUGGAACCUUGCCUGCAAUUUGAAAAAUGCCUCAAUCCCCAAUUCUGUUCAUCUCAAUCACGUUUUUUGAUCCUGCAUCUAGUCUCCAUUCAGGACAGGGUUUAUGUAAUGUAACUUGAUGUGGAUCUCACAGGUCAAGUUUUCCUAUACAGACCUAACCUUGGACUUUCAGCAAAUAUUGGGUGCCUGCAGCUCCAAUGUGGCCGUCAUCUUUGCCGAUCUGAGUGGGCACCCAGACUGGCCAAAUUUAGAAACUCGCUGAACCCCACAGAUUGGAGAAAGGAUUGAGGUUCGAUCUGAGCUGAAGCUGUUAUUCCCACCCUGGAAGGGACAACACUGGCUUCAAGUCACUUUCCUGUCAUCCAACCUGUUGCCUUCUAUAAUAUGAUUGAGGGGAGGAUCAGACUGAAUUGUGAUGUCCUACAUUGCCCACUGUCCUCACUGUGUAGACUUAUGUGAGCUGACCACUGGGAUGAAACACUGGAGGGUGACUGGAAAGGUUCAGCUUUGCAGGAAGCUGUGAGGAGGCACAGUAAGUAUGGAGAUUGAGUAGAGGAAUCCUGUGGUGCAGUGUAUUUCUGAAAUUGAAAAUCCUGUGCUGCCUCUAUCGGCCUACAGGUGGUGCUGUAAACCUGUAGUGAGGUCACUGUGACCAUCAAAGUCCUGCCCGCUGGUGCAUUAACAAAUUACAGUCAUUCCAUUUUAUAUGUUCACCCAUUGAAGUCCCUUUCCUCGGGUAUGUUAACCUAAUAAAGCCUUUUGCUCUAUUAACCUAUCUGUGCUGUGGGACACUUCUACAAAUUUCCACUUUCACCAUUAUUUCACUAUUCAUUCUGUCAAUAUUUGUAGGGUUUUUUUCACCAGCUUGUAAUUUUUGUCUGUGUCGUGGUCGUGUUUGUGAUUUCCACUGAAAACCUCGUAACAAGCUGGCUUCAGUUCUACGGCGUGUAGCAGAAACCAGUCUGGAUAAGUUUGCAGACAGUGACAAGGUCAGGCGUUUAAAAAAGUUAAAGGGAAGCUUGACAGCACCACCUCUCGUAGGAAGGUGUGAUUACAGUAUGACCAUUCACAUUGACAAUUUUCAUGAAAACGGACUGAGGAAUUUAUUGUAAGGUUGACGAAGUGGGUGCAAAUGUAAGACUUUUAAAAAUAUAUAUAUAAUAGUGGUUAUGCAUUAUUUUAAAGAUUUCCUCUUUUAUAAAAUUCAGUUUUUACUCAUUUUAACAGUAUUUUGGAUAUUACCUAGUAGCAUUGCAUUUAAUGUCACAUGUAAAUCUCUGUAGCUCAAUCUUCUCGAAAGUUUUAUAUUAUUCUCCCUGCCAGCUGACUACAUAAACAACUACAGAAACUGUCCACUGUUAUUAUUUGUCCCAAAUUUCCCAAUGUUCUCACUGUGCUCUCUGUUCCAGUCAGUGAAGAUUUUCUGCAGCUACGAGUCCAGGACUACAUUCUCAUUGAAUUAUUUUGUUCCCAGUUCACACAAUUCUGUCAGCUGUUGAUCGCUGAUUACAUAGCAUAAUUGAAGCAGCAGGAGAGGACACUAUGGCUGUGUCCUGCCUGCAGUUGGGGUGCUGAAGUCACCUCUCCACUUCCCUGUGAACAUAGAUGGAGGUUCAAAUUAAGGUAAGAGGUUAGAAGGAAGGCAUCAUUUUGGUAGAAGUAAAGUGAUUUCCGGUAGUGGUGGAACACAGUGUGCAAUCGUGUUUAAAGCAGGAGUUGCUCCUGGGCAAGAGGUUGCUUUUUCCUUCCAACAAUUGUCAAUGGGUUAUUACAAACAAUUAUUUGCUGAGAAGCAGCAGCAUUUGUUUAAUAAUUACCGAAGAAAGUAAUCACUUUUUCAUCUCCCAUUGUUUGAGGUUCAUGGGAUAUGGGUGACAAAUUAACCGAAGGCCACAGUAAUACAGUGGAACUAUUAACACUGGUUAGAAAUAGGUCACCAUCGUGGGCACAGAGCUGGAGAGUAUAAAAAUAGCCUCCAGUAAAGAACACUCACUAGACAAGACAUUAUUGGAGUGAAACUCCAACAUUUUAUAUGAAUGUAUUCAAGGUUCCCACUUUAGUUGGGAACUCAGACACCAACAAUCCAUUAGAAAUAAGAGUGCAAUUAAGAUGUUGCUUUUAAGUUGCCCUCACUUGUCCAUGUCUUCAGGUUCUCAA